AUGGUGAAAAAUAUUGUCGUUUUGGGCGCGGGCGUCUCAGGCCUCACGAGUGCCCUCCUCCUUGCCAAAGAUACGAACAACUCGGUGACGGUCAUUGCGAAGCACAUGCCCGGUGACUAUGACAUUGAGUACGCGUCACCGUGGGCCGGUGCCAACUUUAUGCCGUAUGUGGGCCGCGCUUUUCUUGUGACGAUGUUUGUGAGGGUCAACAUGCUGACAGACGACGCGCAGCAUUACGCCAACCUCCCCGAGUCUGUUGAGGCCCUCGAAGCACAAGAGGCUAACAGCAGAUGCGCGCGUGCAGAGGUCAGGGUCUGGCGACGCAAGAAGGACAUGGCGACUGGCAAUGCCUACGACGGCCUCUUCGCAGAGGACCCCUGGUUCCGUCAUCUCUUCGACGACUACCGCGACCUGAAGCCCGAGGAACUGCCGGCCGCCGCCCAUUCCGGUAGCGAGUUCGGCUCUGUGUGUCUCAACACGGCGCUUUACCUGCCCUGGCUUGUCGGCCAGUGUCGCCGUUACGGCGUCGUGGUCAAGCGUGCCGUCCUGUCGCAUAUCCACGAGGCAAAGGCGAUGCAUCACUCGGGCAAGCCGGCAGACUGCAUCGUCAACGCUAGUGGGCUACUCGCCUGUCGCCUAGGCGGCGUUGAAGACGCCACGGUCAUCCCGGCAAGAGGCCAGAUCGUGCUCGUCAGGAACGAGGCGACGCCGAUGUCGACGAUCAGCGGGACGGAGGACGUGGCGACGGAUGUAAGUUACCUCAUGCAGCGGGCAUCGGGCGGCGGCACAAUCCUUGGCGGCACGUAUGAGAAGGGUAACUGGGAGGCCAACCCGGACCCGAACACGGCGAUCCGUAUCAUGAAGCGGUGCGUCGAGCUCAACCCGACUUUGACCAACGGCAAGGGCAUCGAGGCCUUGGACAUUGUCCGACAUGGCGUCGGACUACGGCCCACGAGGAAGGAUGGUGUUAGGCUGGAGACGGAUACGAGUAUUUUCGAGGACGGAACGCCCGUGGUUCACAACUAUGGACAUGCUGGCUGGGGAUUUCAGGGCUCUUAUGGUUGUGCUGAGCGGGUGGUGGAGCUCGUCAACGAGCUCGGUCAGGCCAGCAAAGCGAAGCUUUAG